UAGUGGAAAUCACUCUUCCUCUAUGUCGUCAUUGACCAACUAUGCAUUGCUUUAAAUAUGUCGUACUCAUUGACUGUGUUGUGUUUUGCUUUCGUUCACCUCUCGUAUAGAUCCCAAAUCUUCCGUACUCAUUCCCACACCCUUAUUUUUUCCAUACUACUACCAAAGUACCAAUUCAUAAAAAAUAGUUAAAUAAAAGUCUACAGAAAAGAAAAAAAAACUAUAUAAAUAUGGUCCUUCGUCAUUAACUACACAACAAUCUUGUGAAUCUCUGCUUAUACCAUAUGUUUUGAGUCUUCCCACAAUUGAAAAAAAACAAAUGGCCGAAGACAAAAUUUAUGAACGAUCGCUGGAGGACACACCAACCUGGGCGUUUGCAGUUGUAUGUUUUGUGCUGCUUGCUAUUUCAAUCAUCAUUGAACAUGUUAUUGAUGCUAUUGGAAAGUGGUUCAAAAAGAAACACAAAAGUGCUCUUUAUGAAUCAUUGGAAAAGGUUAAGGGAGAGCUUAUGAUGCUAGGAUUCAUAUCCAUGCUCCUAGUUGUGUUCCAAGGUCCACUUUCUAAGAUCUGCAUAUCACAGAAUGUUGCAUCCACGUGGCAUCCUUGCUCCAACCCCAAGAAGGCCUUAAGUAAAUCUGAUGGAAAAUCUGACAGUGAUACCAAUGGUAGGAAACUCCUCGAAUAUUUGGACCCCAUACCGCGGCGUGUUCUAGCUGCAAAAGGAUAUGACAAAUGUGCUGACAAGGGAAAAGUUGCUUUUGUUUCAGCAUAUGGGAUUCACCAGCUCCAUAUAUUCAUCUUUAUGCUAGCUGUUUUUCAUAUCCUACAAUGCAUUAUAACAAUAGCUUUGGGAAGAACUAAAAUGAGACGCUGGAAGAAGUGGGAAAAUGAAACAAAAACAAUUGAAUAUCAAUUCUAUAAUGAUCCUGAGAGGUUCAGGCUUGCAAAGGACACAACAUUUGGACAAAGGCACUUGAAUACGUGGAGUCAGUCAUCAAUUUCCUUAUGGAUAGUUAGCUUCUUCAGACAAUUCUCUGGAUCUGUUAAGAAAGUUGACUAUUUCGCAUUGCGACAUGGAUUUAUCACGGCACAUCUGGCUCCGGGAAGUGAUGCAAGAUUUGAUUUCCAGAAGUACAUUAAAAGAUCACUUGACGAGGAUUUUAAAGUUGUAGUUGGCAUAAGCCCGAUCAUAUGGUUCUUCGCGGUGCUCUUCUUGCUGGCUAAUACUCAUGGGUGGUAUUCUUAUUAUUGGCUUCCAUUCAUCCCAUUAAUUGCAAUCUUAUUAGUGGGUGCCAAGCUACAAAUGAUCAUAACAAAGAUGGGACUGAGGAUUCAGGACAGAGGGGAAGUACUCAAGGGUGCACCAGUGGUGGAGCCAGGAGAUGACCUGUUCUGGUUCAACCGUCCACGCCUCCUUCUCUCUAUCAUUCAUCUUGUUUUCUUUCAGAAUGCCUUUCAAUUAGCACAUUUUGCAUGGAGUACAUAUGAAUUCUCCAUAAACUCUUGCUUCCACAAAACAACUGUAGAUACUAUCAUUAGACUUACAAUGGGGGUUGUUAUACAAGUUCUAUGCAGCUAUGUGACUUUGCCUCUCUAUGCUCUAGUCGCACAGAUGGGUUCAACCAUGAAACCCACCAUUUUCAAUGAUAGAGUAGCAGCAGCAUUGAAGAAAUGGCACCAUACUUCCAAAAAGCAUGUCAAAGACCGCAAGCAUUCAGAGGGUAACAAUGUCACACCAUUCUCGAGCCGGUCAUCAACCCCAACAUUUGGCAUGUCUCCUAUUCACCUGCUGCACAGACACCUUGCUGGAAGAAGUGACAGUGCACAAACUUCUCCAAGGACAUCCAACUAUGAAAAUGAACAAUGUGAUGUGGAUGGUUCACCUUCCACAAGCUACCAUCCAGAAACAGAUGAGACCCCAAUGCAAGUUCUGGGGCCUCAUUCAACUACAGAAGUACCUAUUAGCACUAAACAUGACAUUAAUUUUAGUCCAUCAGAAUUUUCUUUUGAGAAGAGAAACACCAGAAGAGAUUAGAUGUGCAGACAAUGUCUUUUUUGUUACAACUAUGUGUAGACAAUGUUGCUAACAAGUUCAAAUAUACAGCUUCAGUGCAUAGCAAAUAAAUGUUUCUACAUUAACGCAAUGCCAUGCAUUUGAAAAAUAAACCGAGGGAGCAAGAUUUGCAGCCUUCAUUGAAUAAUUUGUGGAUGGAAUUUUAUGAUGGUGAUAGGGUCCCAAACUCUAUCAAAAUUGCCUAACUAGGACAUAUAGUAACUUGCACUAAAAGGCAAUGAUUUGUGGGUUCCUCAGUAGUUUUCUAAAUUCUAGUUUCAUGAUGAUAAACAAUUUUUGUGUUUGCUUUAAUGACAAAAACUAUACUACCUGAGUGUUUCAGUUGAAAA